UCUCUCUCUCACACACACACACACACACACACACACAUUGAUGCGAGUCAUGACCCAUUUUUAAUAAUUGGGUUUUGUUUGAUUUACUAUCACAGAAAUGGUUGAAGAUUAUUGAAAAAAUCUAUGCAAAGUAUAUUCAUUUUCUUAUUGUCCUCUCUUUGUUCUGUGCUAUCCUAUCUACUUCAUCUUUCUUUGUUUAUACCUUUAUAUUCUUCUGUAGCUCCCCAUUUCAUGAUAUCAAUUUCAUAUUAUCUAAAUCUGUGGUAGCCUCUCUUUGCCAUUUCUUUUCUUAGUAGCGGGCUAUUUUCUGUUUUACUUUAAUACUCUGUGAAUUUGUUGCUUCUUCUAUGAAAUUAAUCAAUUGUGCUAUGAUGUGUAUGAUGAACUUGGUUUGCUUAGCUGUUAUUUGUGGAUCAGAUGUUUCAUUCACCCAUUACUAACUAACAAGUGAAAGAGAGGAGGAGCAUUUGAUAGUAGCAUCCCAUGGAGGCUCGACAACGUUCAAUUUCAAUCGAAGAUAUAUACAAAAGAAGAUUGCAAAGAAGUAAAGUUAAAGAUGUUGAGAAGCCAUUUCACAUCCCUAUCCAAGACAAGAGUGCAAAAUGGAAGUUUCAUCAUUUGAAGCUUGUCCUGGCUAUCAUUAUAUUUUGCACUUUCAUCACAAUUCUCUAUUCACCAACUACUCAUCAUCAUGACCAUAUAUCACAAGCUGUUUCUCGGUGGAGGUGGAUAUGGGGCGCAUCAGAUCCUCAAUAUACAUCGGAUUUAGAUAUUAAUUGGAACGAAAUCUCAAGGGUCAUCAGGACAAUAUCUGGCAAGAAUAAUUUUCAGGGAAUUGGCAUCUUGAAUUUCAAUAAGAGUGAAAUUGAUCAUUGGAAAGAGCUAAUUCCCAAGGCUGAGCAUAUUUUUCUGCACUUGGACCACGUCCAGAGAAAAGUGACAUGGGAUUCUUUGUAUCCAGAAUGGAUUGAUGAAGAAGAAGAGGAAGAGAUUCCUGUUUGCCCGACUCUACCAAAGGUCCAAGUGCCUAGAAUUAGAAAAAGGCUUGAUCUCAUUGUUAUUAAGCUCCCUUGCAGAGAUGAGGGAAACUGGUCUAGAGACGUGGCUCGUUUGCACGUGCAGCUCGCGGCUGCUCAGCUAGCAAUAGCACCAGUCUCUGCCAAAGCCAAUAAUCACCCUUUGCAUUUACUAUUUGUGACCAAGGGCUUUCCCAUACCAAAUCUCUUUAUUUGCAAGGAACUCGUUUUACGUGAAGGUAACACGUGGUUAUACAAACCGAAUUUGAAUGCAUUGCGAGAAAAACUCCAGCUACCAGUUGGGUCCUGUCAACUUGCUCUUCCACUCAAACCUAAUAAAGUUGUGGAAGCAGAAAAACAAGAAGUUGAGUCAGAAAGAAAGGUGCAUCAUCAUCGGGAGGCAUAUGCGACAAUCCUGCAUUCAGCUCAUGUUUAUGUAUGUGGAGCCAUAGUAGCAGCUCAAAGCAUCCGCAUGGCUGGAUCGACCAGGGACCUCAUCAUACUUGUUGAUGACACAAUCAGUGAGUACCACAGGAGUGGACUUGAGGCAGCAGGCUGGAAAAUCAGGACAAUCCAGAGGAUAAGAAACCCAAAGGCAGAAAAAGAUGCUUACAACGAAUGGAAUUACAGCAAAUUCCGAUUGUGGCAGCUCACAGAUUACGACAAAAUUAUUUUCAUCGAUGCUGAUAUGCUUAUACUUAGGAACAUUGAUUUCCUAUUUCGUAUGCCAGAAAUUUCUGCAACAGGAAAUAAUGGAACACUUUUUAACUCUGGUGUAAUGGUGAUAGAGCCAUCAGAUUGUACAUUCAAGCUUUUAAUUGAUCACAUCAACGAAAUUGAAUCUUACAAUGGUGGAGACCAGGGCUACUUGAAUGAAAUCUUUACAUGGUGGCAUCGGAUUCCAAAACACAUGAACUAUCUGAAAAAUUUCUGGGUUGGAGAUGAUGAAGCGGUGAAGCAGAAGAAAACAAAGCUUUUUGGGGCUGAGCCUCCAAUUCUUUAUGUUCUCCAUUAUCUGGGGUUGAAGCCAUGGCUAUGCUUCAGGGACUAUGAUUGCAACUGGAAUGUCGAUAUAUUCCAUGAGUUUGCGAGUGAUGUUGCUCACAACAAGUGGUGGAGAGUGCACGAUGCAAUGCCACAGAAAUUGCAGCAGUUUUGCCUUUUGAAAUCGAAACAGAAAGCUCAAUUGGAGUGGAACAGAAUGCAAGCUGAAAAGGAAAACUACACAGAUGGACAUUGGAGAAAUCAAAUUAAGGAUUGGCGUUUGAACAAGUGCAUUGACAAUUUUUGUUCCUGGGAGAGCAUGUUACGCCACUGGGGCGAGACUAAUUGGACUGAUGAUGAAUUUUUCAAUCCCUCUCCACCUGCCAUUACUAUGACUUCACUUUCUGGAUUGUAAAUGCGGUUUCUGUUUUUUCACAACACUACAUAGACUUUUUUCUUUUUCUUUUUCUUUUUCACUUUUUCUUAAAUAAUGAUGCAGAGUAACAAAGAUGCAUAUCUACUUUGUGGAGCCAUAGCAUAAAGGAGUUUUAAACCAACUUACUGGCAUGAACUUUAUAGAUUUGAUCAACAUUGAGUCUUUUGAGGCAAAUUCAUACGUAGGUUUGUAGUGGAAUUGCUUGGUAUUCAAUUUAUAAGAGAAAAAUGUCACUUGCUUUUCUCCUA